UGGUAUUAUAAAUGCACACGGACUGAGAUCUUUAUGGUUCAGACUUCAGAAACUCUGAGGUAAAGUUUCUAAGUUCAGACACAAACACAGAAAGAAUCAUUGAGAGAGUGUGUGUGAAAACAUGGAGGAGAGAAGCAUGUCAGGCUUUUGUAUUAGAAGUGGAAGCUGUGUUCGUAGUGCCAGUACUACUACUGGCACUAAAUGUGGGCGUUGGAAUCCAACUAACGAACAAGUUAAGGUUCUGACUGAACUUUUCAGUUCAGGACUUAGAACUCCAAGUACUGAUCAGAUUCAGAAAAUCUCUACUCAGCUUAGUUUUUACGGUAAGAUUGAGAGCAAAAAUGUUUUCUAUUGGUUUCAAAAUCAUAAGGCUAGGGAAAGACAGAAGCGUCGUCGCAAGGUUUCAUCCUCGGAUGAUGACGAUGAUAACAGUAUUCGUCGAGAAAAUACUAUGUCCAGAAAUUCUUCUUCACAAAAUUUUGCUCAGCUCUAUCAGGUUUCGGAGCACAGGAGGGUGAUUGAGACCCUUGAGCUUUUUCCCUUGAACUCAUUUGGUGAAUCAGGAUCAAAGAAUUUGAGCAACUAUACAAAUGAUUGCAGAGAUAAUAAUAAUAAUAAUAAUAUGUUUUCAUACACAAUGAGGGAACAAAUGGAUCAUCCACCAUUAGAUCUUUGUUUAAGCUUUAUGUGAUUUUUUUUGUGGUGGUGGUAAUGGUGGUUGGAAUCAAAUAAAAUACAUUAUUGUUAUGUUAGGUUUUAGUAGCAUUUUAGAAAAGAAAAUUAAGGUUGUGUAUGUGUUUUCAAAUUAAUUUAAUCUUAUUACCUAGUGAUUAUUACCUUGAUUAGUUUAGUUUCUGUAAUAAAUAUUGGACAUUCUUCUCUGCA